CAUGUAACAGGUACACAUACACAUAUACACACACACGCGCGCGCGCGCAAAAUCGUCCGUAGUUUCCGGGUUCGAGGUAAUAGCAACAAACACGAAAACGAAGGAAGAAAGAGGGUGAAGUGCGUGAAGUCUCAUAGGCGGUGUGCGAGAUCCCGAAGAGGGAGUUAAGUGCACGCGAAGAAGGAAGAGGAAGAGAAAGACUCCAGAAAGCACCCUGUCGUCGUAUCGAUGGGGAAACGGUGGUGAGAAUUUUCACCGGGGAGAAAGGAGAAGACGCGGGAUAGAAAGGAGAGGAUCGCCAGGCUACCGGCGAUUUGGAAUCGGCCGAUUGAAAUCAAACCGCCGGUGAGAUUCGACGAGAUCGAUCGACUGCCGGGUUGUUUAUCGGUCGACAGGGAGAGACAAGAUUUCGAGUGUUGGUCCGACAGAGAAAGAGAGGGGAGAAUCCUCCCCUCGCGAGAGAGAAUCGUAGAGAAAGAUGCCGGGAAAUUAUUCGGCACGGUGCGAGCCCGGUCUAAUGGUGCCAGUAUGGAAACCGGAGGAGAACCUCUAUCUCUCGGACAUGAUCUUCCGCGGUUUCGUCUACUUCCUGCUGCUGUUGUACCUGUUCAUCGGCGUCUCGAUAAUCAGCGAUCGUUUCAUGGCGGCGAUCGAGGUGAUCACCUCGAAGGAGAAGGAGCUGGUCGUCCGCCGGCAGGGUAAGGAGCCGCAGAUCGUGGUGGUGCGAGUGUGGAACGAGACGGUGGCGAAUUUAACGCUGAUGGCGCUGGGCAGCAGCGCGCCGGAGAUCCUGCUGUCGAUCAUCGAGAUCUGGGCGAAGAACUUCCAGGCCGGUGAACUCGGGCCGGGAACGAUCGUAGGAUCGGCCGCGUACAACCUCUUCGUCAUCAUAUCGCUGUGCGUGUUCGUGAUACCGAACGGCGAGACGAGGAAGAUCAAGCACCUGAGGGUGUUCUUCGUCACAGCGACGUGGAGCAUAUUCGCGUACGUAUGGCUGUACGUGAUACUGGAGGUCUCGAGCCCGGGCGAGCUCGAGGUCUGGGAAGGUAUACUCACGUUCUCCUUCUUCCCGGCCACGGUGCUCACCGCCUACGUGGCCGAUCGACGGCUGCUCAUCUACAAGUACCUGCACAAGGGCUACAGGAUGAACAAGAGAGGAGUGAUCGUGCAGGCGGAGGCCGGCGACUCGGACGGCGGGGUGGAGCUGGAGAUCAAGCCCCAGCAGGACAACUUCCACAGCAUGACCGACGCCGACACGCCCGAGGCGAAAGAGUUCGAGCAGACCAGGAGGGACUACAUUAAAACACUGCGGGAGCUGAGGAAGAAGCACCCGACCCUGCCGCUGGAGCAGCUGGAGGUGAUGGCCCAUGAGGAGGUGCUCGGCAAGGGGCCGAAAAGCAGGGCGUUCUACAGGGUGCAAGCCACCAGGAAGAUGGUCGGCGCCGGGAAUCUCAGCAAGAAGAUCAGCGAGAGGGCGCAGAGCGACCUGAGCGAGGUGAAGGCCGAGCUGCAACGGCAGGAGGCCGAGAGCAUCGACAUCGACAACGUGAACGCGAUGAGGAUCUUCUUCGAGCCUGGCCACUACACCGUCAUGGAGAACAUCGGCACGUUCGAGGUGGGAGUGACAAGGGUUGGCGGCGAUCUGACCAAACCGUGCACCGUCGACUAUUGCACCGAGGACGGCUCGGCCGAGGCUGGCUCCGACUACAUCAGCGCCAAGGGCACCCUCACCUUCGACCCCGGCGAGACCAAGAAGACCAUCAAGCUAUCCGUCAUCGACGACGAACUGUUCGAGGAGGACGAGCACUUCUACGUCAGAUUGAGCAACGCGUCGCAGCCGGCCAUGCUGGUGUCGCCCAGUUUGGCGACUGUGAUGAUCCUCGACGACGAUCACAGCGGCGUGUUCGGCUUUCCCGAAAGGGACGUCGAGCUGGUGGAGAGCGUCGGUCAGUAUCCUCUGCGAAUUGUGAGAUACAGCGGCGCCAGGGGACGCGUGGUCGUCCCCUAUCGCACCAUCGAGGGCACGGCCAAGCCUGGAAAGCAAUACAUUCACACCGAGGGCUCGCUCACCUUCGAGGACAAUCAAACCGAGUAA